CUCUUCUGCCGCUUGUUGUUUACUCUCCUCUUUUCUCUUCCCUUCUACUCCACCAUGGGCAAGAGCAAGAAAGGCAAAAGUUCGUCGCACCAUUCCGGCGACAAGCGGAAGCGCGAGCCGACCCCUCCCUCGGAGGACUUUGGCGAUUCUGAGUACUCGGAGGAGGAGUUUUCCUCUGAGUCCGAGGGGUCGCCAGUCUACACCUCUCCCCCAGCAUCGUCCGAUGACUCGAACGAUUCACAGGGGAUCGCCGUCGAGGUGUGGACAUAUAUCCGGGCCGUCGAGCGCUCCGGGCUCGAGGGCUCGGAUAAGUCGGAGGUCUCCUCGGACGAGGAGAACUCCUCUGACUCGUCCGAGGAGGGGAGCGGCGGUGACGGCGACGAUGAGGGCGACGGCGACGAUGGCGACAGUGAUGGUGACGGCGACGGCGGCAAGGGCGAUGUCGAUCAACAGCUUGUAAUUGUGCCCAACGCAGCCGUUGUUCUCAGAGACGAUUGA